GAGCGCCGCCACCAGCACGCGAGAAUCUGAAUGGACGCGGGCCAAGGGACAUAGGAGCCGCCGCGCUGCGCAGAUCGCAGGCUGCUUCCGCACCUCGUCGUGCCACGAGCGCAUCGUGCUCGCCCGCACCGCACAGGCUGCCGCUCUGCCGCUGCGCGCACGCGGCCCGUGCGCCUUGCGGCGCGCACGCCCGACUGAGCAUGUCGGCCGGCGCAGAUCUGCACUCGCAGUCGGCCUCCUUAUCCUGCUCUCUUCGCUCUGACGCUCCUCUCUCUCAACCUCUCCAUCCCUCCCGCUCGCACUUGACGAUGCCGGCACUCCUGCGCGUCCCGGUGCGGCCGUUACGCACGCUCGCCGGCUACACGGGCCUCAACGCUCCGCGCCCCUCGCUGCUCUCUCGCGCGCGGCAGCUGCACCACUCUCCGACUCGCCGCGCUGAGGGAAGCCCUCGACUGGUCCACAAGACCUUCGCCUACCCGCAGCCUGGCGUCACGCCGCGCCCAAAGAAGCCUGAUGACCCCGACAAGGACGACGAACAAGGGCCCAUGGAGACGUCAGCCACCUGGCCUAUCAACCGCCUCAUCGCAUACCUCUCGGCGCCUACACGUCUCAUCUUCAAUCCUCCGCCCGAGACGGAACCGGACGGCAUGGGAAGCCGUACACAACAGCCGCCGCCUCCGCCGGCCGACGCCAGCGGCAUGACGGCGCCCAGUCUCUUCCUGCACUGGCAACGGCGUGCUCUCGAGAGCUCAGGCUACCGCUCGCGUGUCUUACGCCGUCGUAUGCCCCGCCCGCCCUCGCCAGCGUCGGGCGUCAUCUUUCUGUGCUUCUCCCGCGUUGGCCGCAGCAUGAUCUUGCAGGCGUUCCGCAACAACUCGAUCUCGCUCAAGGCUCUCUACCUGCCUCUGGCCAUCAACUUCGGCGUCUGCGUUGCGUGGCAAUGGACCUCGGUCUACAAUCCCGAGGCAUUCGCAUUCAUGCAGACGCACUUCAUGACGUCGCUGGAGCACCUCCAGCAGGGGCACUAUGCGGGAAUUCUGACCUCUGCCUUCAGUCAUUUCGAUGGUUGGCACUUCCUCGCGAACACUCUGAUGUACGUGUCGUUCGCUCCGAUGCUCCUCGAGAUCAUGGGAGCCCGCUCGUUUGCCGGUCUCUACAUUGUCGGCGCUCUCAGCGGCAGUGCCGCCUUUUUCCUGUGGUCCUGUGUACCGGGUCGCCGUCCCGAUGACGGCAGACCGACGAAUGGCGCAAGUGGUGCUCUGUAUGGUAUGAUGGCCGCUCUUGCUGUGCUGCGACCCAACCUGGAGGGGCGCUUCCUCUUCAUUUGGCGAUUUCCGCUGCCUCUGAUACCUAUGGGGCUGUCCCUGUGGGAUGUCAGCGAGAUGUAUCAACACAAGUACCGUGGCGAAGACGGACGGGCCCCGCGAUCAAACCACGCCGCGCACCUUGGCGGCCUGCUGGCCGGUGCGCUGUAUGCUUUGCUCCUUCAGCGCCGCCGCGGCGCCGCCUUGCGGCCACUCAGCCUUCGCACGCGCGGACGUCUGGGCUGGGCUGGCUGGUUCAGCUGAGCUGCGCAUGUGCACGCGCCUUGCGAAGUGCACAGCGGCCUCGGGGCCGGCAGAUGCGGCUUGCGCCUCAGACAGCCUUCGCCUCGCCCUCGCCCGACUCGGCCCGGCACCGCAAACACGCGCGUCAAGCGCUCACAUCCACCACUCCUCUUAUACCUGAUCUACUUUAUAGCGCUGAAUCAUACUUUGUGCCCACGUA